GUUGAAUUCAAUAAUACGAAAUACGAUUACGUGGCAGCAGCCUUUACGGAUCCGCACACCAUUUCACUCUCCCUCAACACGCUUUAACUUCCACACUCUCACACACGCGCCAACGCUUUUUUUUAAUAUUAAAAAUUAUAAAUUCUGAUUUCUAACCGAAAAAACGCUAAAUCCCCAUUUCCGACUCUGAAAAAAAAAAGAGAACUCUCUUCUUCUCUUCUCUUCUCCUCUUUUGUUUACAAUUAGAAUUCUUCUUCUUUUCAAAUUUCAUUCUUCAAUCGUCGCCAACCUUUUCCCUCUUUCAUUCACGUCUCUUUGUAAAUAAUUUAUGAUAUAUAUUUCUGUCUGUAUAGAUUCGUUACAAUUUGUUGAUUAUUAUUCACACGCGAAGAAUUUGUUGUAAUUCUGCUGUGGACUGAUUAUUUUUUCUUCUUCAUCUUCAUCAGUCUGUUGGUUGAUCGUAAUUAUUGGAUUGUUGAGUUGAUAAUUUUUUUUUUAAUAAUAAAGAGUGAGAAUUUUGUUGUGGUGGUGAUGAUGGAGUCGCCGGAGAGAGGAAGUCCUCCGGGGGUAGCGUUGGAAAUUCCGGUCACUGAUGGAGCGAUGAUGGUGUCGUGUUCGCCGCCGAAGAGGCUUCUACGGAGGCUUUCCGAGAUGAAAAUCUCGUCUCCUUCUACUGUUGAAGAGAUUGAAGCUAAGCUUCAACACGCUCAUAUUCGUCGACAGAAAUUUUAUGAGCAUUUAUCUAGCAAGGCUCGACCAAAGCCAAGAAGCCCCUCACAAUCCUCUUCCACUGAGGAUGAUCGUGGACAACGCCUUGAGGCGAAGCUUCAAGCUGCUGAAAACAAGAGGUUGAUAUUUUGUUUCUUCUUGUUGACUUGCUCUCUGCUUAAUGGGAAUCCUAUGUUAUCUCACAAACUCCUGUCUUUUGGAUUAUUUUGUGAAGCGUUUUGCUAAAUUUGCUGUUCACAACUGUGUAUAAGGGCUACUAUCAUAGGGCCCAAGCAAAAAGAUCAGUUGGUUUGGUAAUGAAAAUUCAACCAGCCAUGUGGAAGUAAUUAUUACCGUCUUGGGUGACCCUUUGAGUAAACACUGUGCCGCUGUUAAGGGGUUCUUUAGAUUUAGGGCAUAAUUCAGUUACGGGUGCUAUCAUGUUGUUGUGACUGUAAUUUUUAAUCCUUAUUUCUGGGGUUUUAUGCUGUAGCCGUGGUCCCUCCUGGUGAAUUUAAAAUUGUUUGAUAGUGCACUUUUUGAAGCUGCUUGGAGUACUUGCUUGCUCCCCAUUGUGUUUUGUGCUGUGAACAUAUUUUCGUCUUUCCCCGCGUCUUUAUACUCCUUUCUUCGUUUCAAACUUUUGUAACCUUCCAAAUGCUUGUCUGUGGGUUCUGCAUCGAACCCGAUAGCAAUAAAACCUAUUUUGGAUGCUCGAAUUUUUACGGUUCUGGUAUAAUAAAAAAGGAAGUGGUUAAAUUGGAAUUUUUGCAUGCAUGGAUUUGAUAAAUAUUUUGGCUGAAGUAAAUUUUACUGCAAUAUACGCACUUUAUUGCAGGAUGUUUAAGAUUCUGGAUUGAGUCAGUUGUUUGUUUCUCGCUGAUUUAAUGUUUAUGUUGGAAAUUAUAGGUUGGGCAUUCUAGCAAAGGCUCAGAUCCGUCUUGCUAAAUUGGAUGAGCUGCGACAAGCUGCUAAAACAGGGGUAGAAAUGCGAUUCAGGAGGGAGAGGGCGGAGUUAAGCACCAAGGUUGAAUCGCGGGUCAAGAAAGCAGAGAUUAAUAGAAUGCAAAUCCUGAAAGCCCACAAACAAAGGAGGUUGUCAUUGAAGGAGAGGACAUCUCAAUCCUUACUACGGAGGAUGACUCGAGAGAGCAAGUACAAGGAGCGAGUUCGUGCUGCUAUCCACCAAAAACGCGCUGCUGCUGAGAAGAAGCGAUUAGGCUUGCUUGAAGCAGAGACGAAAAGGGCAGGUGCAAGAAUUCUUCAAGUGAGGAAGGUGGCCAAAUGUAUUAGCCGCCAACGUGAGAUUGAAAGGCAAGAUAUGCAAAGCAAGCUGGAAAACCGUCUCCAAAGGGUAUUUGCAUAUCUUGCUUAGAUACUUUCAUGAAUUUGUUAGCAUGUUUUCCUUAGCUGCUUUACUCUAAUGAAUUUUCUAAGCCGAAAAAAGAACAGUGAAAGCACUCUAUAUAUUGUCUGUCCCCAAUGUGGCUUUGUUUAUGCCAAUUUGUCUUACUGUGAGAAUUCACUUUGAUGAAUAGGCCAAGAGACAAAGAGCAGAAUAUUUGAUGCAAAGAGGAAAGGGGCAGAAUUCUGUUCGUAGCAGUUGGAACAAAUUUCAGGAGGAGGCAGAUCUUUUGUCUAGAAAGUUGGCCAGGUGCUGGAGGCAGUUCCGCAAGAUUAGGGAAACUACUCUACAACUUGCAAAAUCAUACGACGCCUUAAAUAUAAACAAGGAUUCUGUGACAUCAAAGCCUUUUGAGCAGCUUGCCCUGAUGAUUGAAUCUGGGUCUACCCUUCAGACAACAAAAGCAUUGCUUGACAGGUUUGAGUGUCGGUAUGUUUUAGCGAGGAUGUCUGCUGCCACACCUCAUGUCUUUGCUUGGGGUGACAUUGAUCACCUUCUGAAGCGAGUGGCAACCCCAAGAAGAAGAGCUACACCUAGGAAAUCUACAGCUAGCAGGGAGACACGGAAGCCGGGCCCUUUGAAACAGUCUCCGUCUCCUAAGACUCCUGUCAAAUUAUCUAGGUACCAAGUCAGGAUCGUGCUUUGUGCCUACAUGAUAUUGGGGCAUCCAAGUUCAGUUUUCAGUGGUCGCGGAGAGCGUGAGAUUGCUUUGGCCCAGUCUGCUGAGACGUUUGUUCGAGAGUUUGAGUUGUUGAUAAAGACCGUAUUAGAUGGACCUGUUGAGGUCUCUAACACGGAAUCAGGCCCUGUCUUAGUGAAGUUUAGAUACCAACUUGCGGCUUUUGAUUCAGCUUGGUGUUCGUAUUUGAAUAAUUUUGUUAUGUGGAAGGUUAAAGAUGCGGAGUCUUUGGAGGGGGAUUUAGUAAGGGCGGCUUGUCAUCUUGAACUUUCAAUGAUUCAGACCUGUAGGAUGACUCCUGAAGGUGAUAGUGGUUCUCUUACCCACGAUAUGAAGGCUAUUCAGAAACAGGUCACACAAGACCAAAAGCUUUUGAGGGAGAAGGUGCAUAACCUGAGUGGAGAUGCUGGUAUUGCGCGCAUGGAAGCUGCGAUUUCUGAUACAAGAGCAAAAUAUUUUCAGGCACUGGAGAAUGGGAGUCCAGUGGGUUCAUCAAUAGCGCAGAUUACAUCUCCCAUUUCUGCCAGUAUCCCCACUCCCCAUCCUAGAGUUGAAUCUGUAGGAAAAAGCAAUGGUUUGACUGAGAAUGCCCAGAAGCCCAAUGUAGCUAGAAGAUUAUUCGGAGAUGAAGGUGAUAGUAAUGGUUCUGGUAUGUGGAAGGACUUGGAAAAUGAGUUGAUUGUCAAUGAAAGUGUUCACGGAGAACAACUUGUACAUGAUGAAAACAUCAAUUUCGGAGAUAAAAUCCAGAGCAGUGCAAAGGAAAAAGUGAAAGAGACAAUGAAGAAAGCUUUCUGGGAUGGCAUUAUCGAAUCAGUUGAACAGGAUGAACCUAAGUUUGGCCACAUUCUUGAACUAAUGAAAGAAGUUAGAGAUGAAAUUUCUCUCAUGGCCCCUGAAAGUUGGAAACAAGAGAUAUUUGAAUCCAUCGACAUUGAAAUUCUUUCUCAGGUACUCAGUGCGGGAAAUGUGGACAUGGAUUAUCUUGGAAAGGUCCUGGGGUUUGCACUUGUAAAGCUGCAGAAGCUCUCAGCUCCAGCCAGCACAGAUGAACUAGAGGCCACCCACCAGAAAUUCAUGGAAGAGCUAGCUACUAUGUGCCAGGAAAAUGGCCCAUCGAAAAAGGCGCAUACCGUUGCUUUAGUUAAGGGCUUGCGGUUUGUGUUGGAGCAAAUACAGAUCCUUAAGCAAGAAGUGAGCAAAUAUAAGAUACAGUUUCUUCAACCCGUACUUAAGGGUCCGGCUGGUCUGGCGUUUCUCAGGAAGUCUUUCACCAAGCACUAUGGGGCUCCUGGUGACUCUGUGAAUACCUUACCCUUGACAAGGGAGUGGCUUUUGUCUAUAAGAGAUUGCAAGGAUCAGGAAUGGUCAGACCACUGUAAUAUUUUGUCGGAGUCCGCUGGAAAACAUGGAACAAUACCUGAAAGGUCACUUGCGCCAACCACGCUUAAAAGCGGAGGACAUUUUCCAAAUAGCAGGAGUGGAAAUCCAGACUCUUUAUUAGCUUCUAUCUCUUCCCUGAGUUAUUCAGACUGCAAAGGCAAGAAGGUCGAUUUGAUGGUGAGGCUUGGGUUGCUAAAGCUGGUGAGUGAGAUUUCUGGUGUUACCCAAGAGAGCUUACCAGAAACACAGAAGCUUAACGUUCUGCGACUGAGGGCUGUUCAGGCACGCAUGCAGAAGAUUACUGUAAUUGCCACGAGUAUCCUAGUCCUUCAGCAAACUCUUGUUAGUGAGAGGAUUGUAAUCAGUCAUGGAGACAUCGAUAAUAUUGUCUUGAGCUGUGUGAAGCAACUUUCUGAUCUGCUGGACACAUUUGAAGAUGCUGGCAUCUCGGAACUUGCAGAGUUGUUAAGCCAAGUUGUAAAUGAUGUUGAUAAUUCUAUUGAUGAGUCGAAGCGCCAAUCAUUGAAGGACAUUAUGGCGCGGAUGUUAACCAAAAGCCUACAAGCUGGGGAUCCUAUUUUUAGUCGGAUAUCCCGUGCGAUAUACUUAGCUGCUCGAUGUGUUGUUCUCAGCGGGUCAGGUACACAUGGAAGAGAACUGGCAGCAAUUGCACUGCGGCAGGUUGGGGCAAUUAGUCUUGUUGAUGAGUUAGUAAGUGCUGCAACUGUACUGGCGGUGGCUGCUACUGUAUCAGUUGAUGUCCAUGGACCAUGGUAUGUGCACUUGGUAGAUAACAUGUAAAGUAGGGUGUUAUUAGCUCAGUUGUAUCUUUGUAAAUAUAUUAGGGGUCAAGUUUUCUGUGCCAUCUGUAGGCCAAAUGUCGGCUACAGGAAUUGUUCCAUGCAUAUGAUAGGAGGAACUUUACUCGGUGAAUAAAAGGGGUAGUUUAAUUUAUCCAAAUAUGUAUGCAAUAUUGUAUGGUCUGGUGUAGGAGAUUGAAUAAGCUUUGAUUGUUGCUGCUUAUAACAUCUUGGUUUUCUGCAUUGUGAAUAAUGAAUUAUUAGGUUCUUUGCAGCCUUUAGCUUUACAAAUAUAGGCACAUUUGCAUUUUCUGCUUCUUUGUUUCCCCCCACAAAAGAACUGAAAACCAGAUCAUCAAUAACAUUUGAGAAGAAAUGAGCAA